AUGGCCGGCAGGAGCCAGGACCGCAGCCUGCGGGAGGAGCUGACAUGUGUCAUCUGCUGCGACCUCUUCAGCGAGCCCGUCAUGCUGGACUGCAUGCACCACUUCUGCAAGGCCUGCAUCCAGCGCUACUGGGAGAGCUGCACCCAUGUCCCCUCCUGCCCCCAGUGCCGCCGAGAAUUCCCCAGCCAGGCUUUCCGCACCAACUACCUGCUGUCGGGGCUGGUGGAGAAGGUGCGGCGCUGCAGCUCUGCGGAGCACCGGCACAAGAUGCAGAAGCACCUGGAAGAUGCUUUGCAAGCUCGUCAGAAGGAGAUGGAGAACUUCUUGCGGAGGAAGCGUGCAACGCAGGAAGAUAUCUGUGGCCUGACGAAGGUGUCUGGGGAGCUGAACUUCAAGAUCCGUGCGGAGUUUGCUCGCCUUCAUCAGAUCCUGGAGGAAGAAGAGAGAGCUGUGCUGGCAGAGCUGGGCGAAAAGGAAGAGCAGUCACUGGCACGCCUGCACGGGGAUGUCCACCAGCUGGAGGAAGGGAUGUCAGUGCUGCAGAAGGACAUAGAGCGCAUAGAGCAAACCCUGAGCAAGGUGGAAGAAGUGUCGUUGCUGGAGGUGGAGAGCCUGGAUAUCAGGCCCUCGGUGCGCAUUGAGACCCAGCCUGCCUUCGACCUGCAGCGCUACAGGGACAGCCGCAGCGGCCCCUUGCAGUACAUCUUCUGGAGACGGAUGCUCCGGUCCAUCUGCCCUGCUCCUGCCCCGCUCACUUUUGACCCUGAGUCAGCCCACCCCAACCUGGUCUUCUCCAGAGACCUGACAGCAGUGACAGAGAGGAAUAGAGCCCAGCUCGUCCCCAGCAGCCCCCGGCGCUUCCGUCAGUGUGUCAAUGUCCUGGGCUCGCAGACCUUUGACAGCGGCCAGCACUACUGGGAGGUCUGGGUGGGCAGCAAAACCAAGUGGGACCUGGGGGUGGCUGCCGAGGCUGUGGACCGGGCAGCAAAGGUCAAGCUGUGCCCAGAGAACGGCUACUGGACGCUUCGCCUGCGGAACAGGAUGGAGUACUGGGCCACUGCCACCCCCUGGGUGCGCUUGACUCCCCACCGCCCCCCCCGGAAAGUGGGCGUCUUCCUUGACUGCCAGGAGGGCACCGUUACCUUCUUCGAUGCCGGAGACAUGUCCCACCUCUUCACCUUCCACCAGGUUUCUGCGGAGAGAUACUGCCCAUUCUUCAGCACCUGCUUCAGCGACGGGAGGGACAACAUAGAACCCAUGCGCCUCUGCCACCUGGCCCUGUGA